AUGCUGCUGCUGCUGUUACUGUUGAUGUAUGAUUCCGGACCUGAUGGUGGCUAUGGCUGGGCAGUAGUCGCUGGUGCAUUUUUUGGCUACUUUACUUCAUUUGGAACGGAAACGGCCUGGUUCUUUUGGACCUUUAUUUCAGAUCCUCAGUGCACACUUUGGCGUUCGACCUGUGAUCGUGAUGGGCGUUAUCAUAUUUUAGGACUGGAAUUAGCGGGUUUCACAAGUCAAAUCUGGCAUUUGUACCUUACGCAAGGUGUUCUUUUUGGUUUGGGAUCAGCAUUCCUAUAUGUGUCUGCAUUGAGCGUCCCAUCGCAAUGGUUCAACAAACGACGAGGACUGGGAUUGGGCAUAGUUACCUAUGGUGCUGGUGUCGGAGGCGUCGUUUUGCCUUUUGUGAUAAUGAGUUGA